CAAACACCCUUCUCCAUUUUCAUUUCGCCAGGUCGGAUACACGUCAAUGGUCGACAUAGCACCAGGGACUGUCAUCAUUAUCCUGCGGGCGUUUGCCAUUGAUGGACGAUAUACAGAAGUGGAACUACCGCCUAUCGAGAUACCACCCCCCUCCUUGGACCAACUGGCCGCAUACAAGUCCGGACUGUAUGAUAACGGAGAGGGGACGUUCUACACCAUGAUUGAGGUGGGUGCGGCGGAGGACGCGUUCCUGGCCGCCGUGACUGCUUCUGGAGCUCUCAAUGUGUUAGCGGACAGCGGAGAAGACGUCGAAGAGGUGCGAAAACUUCAAAUAUCUUUCAUACACUUUUAG